AUGCCAGUCGGACCACGACUUCCUCCUCAUCUCACGAAACGAGGUCGCGACGACGAUGACGACGUCGAGCGCGCAUCCAGUCCGGAAUCAGGCGACAAGCGGCGCCGCGUCCAAGGCCCAGUAUCGCCACCUUCCGCUCCCCCAUCGUGUGGCACUCUAGGCCCUUCACUGCCCCCAAGCCUCGAGUCGCAUGCCAGCGAUUCCAACAAUAGCCAUAGCAAUGUUGGCCCUGCGCAUCCACAGCCCUCGGAACCUGCGCGCAUAGUCGGCCCAGCACCACCACCCGCCCCACUCGAUCAACGGCCAGCACAUGUCGCCGAAAACGACGAUUCUGACAGCAGCGAGGAUGAAUUUGGCCCUGCUCCACCACCUCCAGAUGGCGCCUACAUUAGCCGUGGCAAUCGCAGCUCGCCGGCAGCUCAAUCUGCAUUCGACACGGACCCUCGAUUCAGCGAAGCACCCAAGCGCGCACAACGCGACGAAUGGAUGACCCUCCCUCCCACGCAAGACGAUCUCGCCGCACGCAUGGACCCCACAAAGAUGCGCGCUCGAAAAUUCAAUUCGACCAAGGGCGCAGCAGGUAGCGGUGCCAUGAGCAGUGCCUGGACCGAGACUCCCGAGCAAAAGCUCAAACGGCUACAAAACGAAGCCUUGGGUAUCGCUGCACCUUCCAAUGCGCCUGUAGGAAAUGUGAAGUCGAAGCACAGUGAAGAGGAGGAGCGGAGGGCGCGCAAGAUGAAGGAAAAGAUCGAUGCGGCGAGAGGCAAGAGUCUGGUUGAACAGCAUCAGGAGAAAGGCGAAGGCAAGGAGAAGGAAGAUGAUCCGAGCAAACGCGCAUUCGACUACGAGAAGGAUAUGGCGGUCAGUGGGACGGUGAGCCACAAACAGCGGAGGGAAAUGUUGAAUAAAAGCAAAGGUUUUAGCGAUCGGUUCAGUAGUGGGAGCUUCUUAUGA